AUGUGUAUGUGCAUCCGACUGUUCGACGGAGGAGGAGCUGACGGCGGCGGUGGCGGUAGCCAGCCCUACCUGGCCUCGGUCUGGGAGAAUGGGCAGCUCUACCUCUGGGACUCCCGCAAGCCAUCAGCUCCGUUUGCAUCGACAGCAGCCGCGGCUGGUCCCGAGGCCAAACGCAUGCACGACGAGCCGCCCCUCGCGUUUGACCUGGCGGUGGUCGGCAAUGGGUGUGGCGUGCGCGGGGUGUCGGGCGGGGCAGACACCCAUAUCAGCAUUUUCAGCGCCGGCCUGCCACUCGGCCGCGACACGAGCGACAGUGCUUCUCUCGAGGGCACGGCCGAGGUGCUCCACCAACUGCGACCUUCGGAGCCAGCAAUGGAGCCGGUCACGGUGGAGCAGCGGCUGGAGGUGGGCCACGCGGGAGUCGGUAGCGUGGCCAUUCGCGGAGACCAGCGUAUCUUCGCGACUGGCGGCUGGGACAAGCGCGUGCGUGUGUGGGACUUCCAGCGGCUCCGACCUCUGGCCAUCCUCAAGGCCCACGCCGGCCCUGUCAACUGCGUGGCGUUCUCCAACACCGACAACCUCCUCGUGUCGGGCUCAGCCGACACUCGCAUUGCUUGUUGGUCUCUGUACUAG